AUGAAAAUGAAAGAAAAAGCUGAAAAUGAUGUUUCCACAAAAGAGAUAUAUGAAAAGAAAAGACUUGAAGAAGAAAAAAUUGUCCACUAUCAAAAGCUAUUGAAGGCAAUAAAUGAUGAAUUGGAUGCAGAAAGGGAAGCAUUUAGGAAGAAUAAAGAAAACUUAGAUAAAUUGGCAAUCACUGAACAGGUUGAGGAACAGGUAGAGCUAGAAGAUGGAAUGAAAAGCUUGCAAGAACAGUUUGAAGAGGACUUGAAACAGCCAGAGCAAUUGAUGAAUAAAAGGCAUGAAUAUGAAGUUUCCCUUCGAGAAAUGAUAGAAUCAGCAAAAAUAAACCAAGCAGACCUUCUUAAAAGGAUAAGACAGGCUAAUGAAAAAUUCACAAAGAUAAAGGCAAGAAAUACUGAUCUUAGAGGAAAAAAUAAAAUUCUUAAUGACCAGCUUAAAACUGCUCUACAGGAAGAAUACGGAUAUUUUAUGGCCAAGCUAGUGUCCCAAGAAGUAAUUGACAAACUAGAAGAAACUAUCAUUGAGAAAAGAGCUUUUUUAAACAAAAGACUAACUGACAUCAAAGCUCUAGAAGAAGCGAUAGAAAAUCUCCGGACCCUCUAUCGAACAACUAUAGAAUCUUAUCGUAAACAAAUAGAGUUCCUGAAAGGAAAUUGGGUGAAAGAAAGUCAAAGAAGUGUUAUAAAUCAAUGGAAAAUAAUCCACCUUCAAAAACAGCAUGAGAACUGGGUGAAAACAGAAGAAGCCAACAUCCAAGAAAUCAUACAAAAAAUUGAUCAAGUUGAAAAGAGGCGAAUUGAAGUAGUUGAAGAGAGUAUUACUUGCGAUGAAGAAAUCAUUAAACAUGAAGAAAAAAUAGAAGAACUUUGUGAAGAAUUAAAAGAAGAGGAGGAAAUAUUUUCAAAAGUUGAGCAAGAUGUAACUGACAAAUUAAAAGUAAUAGAGGACAAAUAUAUUGCACAUUUUGAAAGGGCCAAAGAAAAGGAAGAGGAACUGGAAAUGUUUAUCCCCAAAGUGAAAGUGAUCGAGGAUGAGUAUGAAGAAAAUGCCAAAGAGUAUGAAACCCUCAAAUAUCAUGUUUCAGCACAGAAUCGUGAACAAGAGUCAUUGAAAUAUGGCAUUGGUUUGAUGAAAAAGGAAACAUCAAAAUACAAAAAUGAUAGGGAACAUCUGAAGAAUUUAUUGAAAAAAGGCCGAAGUGAGGAACUUUUAAGAAUGAAAAAGCGACUAAGCAUUAUAUAUCUUUCAGAAAGAAAUAUUUAUGAAACAGAACAAAAAUUGAGACUUUUAAUUCUGGAAAACUACAGAAUAAGAAAAGCUCUUAAGCUACUGAGAGAAGAUAUAGCUUAUUUUCAAAAGGAAGGAGAAAAUCAUAUUGCUUCAGCAGAAAAAAUGGAGGUGGAAGUAGAUGAGCUUAAAGCCCUUUAUGCGAAGAUGUGGACAGAAACUCUGAAGGAAAUAAAGAAAUUUAGAGAAGAGAAUAAGAUUACAUUGGAAGAAAUUGUAAAGCUAGUAAAAAUGCUUUAUAAGAGAGAGGAAAAACUGAAGGUUAUUUGUGGUUGGCUCAGACGGAACGUUGAUAAUCUGGAGUACAUAAUUGAUUAUAAAGAAUCAAACACUAACAUUGGAGAAACUGAAAAAACAGAGAAAAAAAAGAAAGCGACAAUCAACAAAACUAUGAGCAAAGGAACAAUAAUUCCAACAUCUCUUCAAUAAAACCAUCUAAACAGAAAACCUGUUGCAUAUUACUGUUUUAUUCUUUGUCAAAAUAUUGUAUAGGUGAAAAUAAAUAAGAUUCCUAAAAAAACCAC